AUGGAUAUAUUCCGGAAGGCAAAAUCAAUCAGGAUGGUGAGCUACCGCGACAAAUACCUAACCGCGGCGGAAGAUGAGGAGAGCGUGAUCCAGGAUGAAUCGCCGCGGCAGAAAUCGGUGUGGACGGUGGAAUUGAUGGCGGAUCGCAACGCGAUUCGGCUGCGGAGCUACCUCGGAACGUAUCUGGCGGCGUCGACCAUCCCGCUCCUCCCCGGGGUGACGGCGAAGAAGGCGGUGCAGACGUCGCUCGAGUCGCCGUCGGAUCCGUCGAUUGAGUGGGAGCCGAUGCGCGACGGGAUGCAGGUGAAGCUCCGGUCGUGCUGCGGCAACUUCCUGCGCCCUAACGGCGGCCUACCGCCGUGGAGGAACAUCGUCACGCACGAUGUCCCGCACCUCCCCAAUUCCGGCAACAAGCUGCUGUGGGAUGUGCAGAUCGUCGAAAAACGGCCGCCACAGAGUAAAUUUGGGAGGUGCAGAUCGGGAUCGUUCUCGGAAACCAUGGAUGCGAUCGUACAUUCUGAAUAUAUUUGA